CUAGGCGUGGCUCUCCGAGAUUGGAUCCUCUCCAUUUCAUUUGAAAUGGAGGGGAUCCAUUUAUAACUAAAUGGAGAGGAUCCUCUCCAUUUCCUGUUCCCUCUCAUCCCUGUUCUUGUAGCCACACUAACGUCCGGGACCCAAGCCAUCAAGGGCCAUGGAUUCGUCGCUCAGAGAAGCCACCGUGCAAGAUAUCCAGCUCGCUUUCAAGCGAAACCAACUCACCUCCAGGAGGCUCGUUGAGUUCUACCUUAAAGAAAUCGAAAGGCUAAACCCGAUCCUUAAGGGGGUCUUAGAGGUGAACCCAGACGCACUGUUCGAAGCUGAUAAAGCUGACCGCGAGCGUUAUACUCACGCACCUAUCUCGCUCUCUCCGUUGCACGGCAUCCCUAUUUUGCUCAAAGAUAACAUUGCAACCAAGGAUAAGCUGAACACCACUGCUGGUUCGCACGCACUGCUCGGCUCAGUUGUGCCACGGGAUGCGGGCGUGGUGACCAAGUUGAGGAAAGCCGGGGCUAUCAUAUUGGGGAAGGCCGGCUUGAGCGAGUGGUCUAAUUUUAGGUCGAACGAUGCACCCAGUGGUUGGAGCGGCAGAGGCGGGCAAGGGAAGGGUCCUUACACAAUGGGAGAUCCUUCUGGGUCUAGCAGUGGAUCGGCAAUAUCAGUAGCGGCAAAUAUGGUAGCAGUUUCGGUGGGGAGCGAGACUAAUGGCUCUAUUUUGUCUCCUUCCAGUAGCAACUUGGUGGUGGGCAUCAAACCAACGGUCGGUCUCACUAGCCGAGCAGGUGUCAUACCAAUCUCCCCAAGACAGGACAGUGUGGGGCCCAUUUGUAGGACAGUAUCAGAUGCCGUUUAUGUUCUUGAUGUCAUUGCAGGCAUAGACUACAAAGACAAUGCAACAAUUGAAACAUCAAGGUACAUUCCAAAAGGGGGCUAUGCACAAUUUCUUAAGGCUGAUGGGCUCCGAGGAAAAAGACUGGGGAUAGUGAGAGACUUCUACAAUUACGGCAAUGAUACCAUUUUAAAUCGAACUGUUGAGCAACAUCUCGACACUUUAAGGCAACGAGGUGCAGUUUUGGUAGACAAUCUGAAAAUAGCCAAUCUUGCUGAAUACUAUUCUUCGAGCAGUGAAAAUACUGCAUUGCUGGCUGAGUUCAAAAUAUCCUUGAAUGAAUAUCUAAGUGAGCUAGUGUCUUCCCCAAUUCGUUCCUUGGCUGAUGCGAUUGCCUUCAACAAGAAAAACCCAAAAUUGGAGAGGAUAGACGACUAUGGGCAAGACCUUUUCAUAAAAGCCCAGGCAACAAAUGGGAUUGGAAAGAAAGAGAAGGCUGCGUUGGAAAAUUUAGCCAGACUGACUAGAGAUGGUUUCCUCAAGUUGAUGAAAAAGAAAAAGCUAGACGCCUUGGUGACUCCUGAUUCUGAUGUUUCUACUAUCCUUGCAGUUGGGGGUUUUCCGGGAAUAAUUGUUCCCUCAGGAUUUCACUCUGAGGGGACACCAUUCGGCAUUUGCUUUGGAGGAGUAAAAGGUUCGGAGCCAAAGCUAAUUGAGGUUGCAUAUGGCUUUGAACAAGCUACAAAAAUAAGGAAGCCUCCUAAAGAAGUUUAAGGCAGCAUCUAUUUGUUUGCUGCAAAAAUAAGAAUAAGAUUAACCUUGCCGUAUGUAUAUUUUAAGGGAAAAGUCCACGUAUCCAGGUCAAAUCACUAAAUUGACAAUGUCUCAUCUUAAACUUUCAAUUGGGACAUUAUUUUCCUCAAACUACUAAAAAGUUGUCA